UUGAUUUUCGCAGAGGAGUAUACACGCGCUAUGGAGCAGGAGCACCACAGUGGCCAUUUCGCCUGUCGUAGUUGUGAUGCUAGUCUAACUGGACAACGAUAUAUCUUGCGUGACGAAGAACCACACUGCUUGGCCUGUUAUGAGGCUAAGUUUGCCAACACUUGCGAACAGUGCAAAGAGAAGAUUGGUUGCGAUUCAAAGGCAAGUCUUCUUUCCCCAUGCUACAAUUAG